AUGACCGACUCCAACACCCCCCUGAUCUUCGUGACAGGGAACAAAAACAAAGUCCUAGAAGUAAAAGCCAUCCUGGGCCCUACUGCCACGCUCGAAGUCCUGGAUAUCAAUCUCCCCGAGAUCCAGGGUAGUGUGGAAGAAAUUACGCGUGAGAAAUGUCGCGCGGCGGCUGAGACUAUAGGAGGGCCGGUGUUGGUCGAGGAUUCGGCGCUUGAAAUGCACGCGUUGGGUGGGCUGCCUGGGGCUUAUGUCAAAGCAUUUGUCGAAACAAUAGGCAACGAAGGCCUCAACAGAAUCCUCUCAGCCUUCGACGAUAAAACCGCCGAAGCAGUAUGUACGUUCGGGUAUUCACCGGGACCAGGACAUGAGCCUCUUUUGUUCCAGGGUCGGUUGCAGGGACGGAUUGUUCCAGCUAGGGGCGUUUCCUCUUUUGGUUGGGAACCGAUUUUUGAGGUCGAGGGGGAGGGAGUAACGUUGGCUGAGAUGGAGGUUGGGAAGAAGAAUGGACUUUCGCAUCGGUUCAAGGCGUUGGUGAAGUUUAGGGAGUGGUUUUUAGGCGCUAGAGGACCUGUUUAAGGGCGUUUGGGUGGCAUAGAUCGUUGUGUUUUUAGAAUUGAUACAGAAUUCAUUGAGUAGAGUCACCUAUAUAUGUUGAUUGGUAGAUGUUUUAGUAUAUGGAUUGGCCGCGCGUCAAUGUGGUUUCCUGGAGAGCAGGGGCAUGUUCAGUGCAUCUUAGUAUGCUAUUGUAGAAGUGUUAUUCGGCCGAUAUAUAUCUCCUGGUUGGUAAACAAGACUACUCCAACACACUUGAAAACAAAUUUGGGGAUUCAUGAUUGACCUAACCUAAUAA